CAGCACACGACCAAUUUCCUACUUCCUGAUUAAAGAUGGCGGAUGAGAAUGAGACAGCACCGAAGACGGAGGAAAAAGUAGGAAUAGAAGAAGAUCAUGGACAUUGUAGCGACUGCGAAAAUGAGGAGCAUCACUUUGAUGAUGGGGAGAAAGGUGACACUGGAGCCAAGAAGAAGAAAAAGAAACAGAAGAAGAAGAAGGAUAAGUCCGCAGCUAAGGAGCCUCCACAGGAUCCCUUGGCAAAGGUGAACUCCCUCCCCGCAGAUAAACUGCAGGAGAUCCAAAAAGCCAUUGAGCUCUUUUCCGUAGGCCAGGGUCCAGCCAAGACAAUGGAGGAGGCAAGCCGUCGAAGCUAUCAGUUCUGGGACACACAGCCUGUCCCCAAACUAGGAGAAGUGGUGACGUCACAUGGCUGUAUUGAACCCGAUAAGGACCAGAUUCGAGAGGAGCCCUACAGCCUCCCCACGGGCUUCAGCUGGGAUGCUCUCGACCUGGGGAAUCCUGCAGUGCUGAAGGAGCUCUACACCCUCCUCAAUGAGAACUACGUUGAGGAUGAUGACAACAUGUUCCGUUUCGAUUACUCUCCUGACUUCCUGCUGUGGGCUCUCCGACCCCCGGGCUGGAUGCCGCAGUGGCACUGUGGAGUGAGGGUGGACUCUAACCAGAAGCUUGUGGGCUUCAUCAGUGCCAUUCCUGCCAACAUUCGCAUCUAUGACACUGAGAAGCUGAUGGUGGAGAUCAACUUCCUGUGUGUGCACAAGAAGCUGCGUGCCAAGCGCGUGGCACCCGUGCUCAUCCGUGAGAUCACCAGACGCGUCAACCAGCAGGGGAUGUUCCAGGCCGUUUACACCGCAGGGGUGGUGCUCCCUAAGCCCGUGGGAACCUGCAGGUACUGGCAUCGAUCGCUUAACCCCCGUAAACUGAUCGAGGUGAAGUUCUCCCACCUGAGCCGGAACAUGACUAUGCAGCGGACCAUGAAACUGUAUCGCCUGCCAGAUACCCCCAAGACUUCAGGUCUGCGGCCCAUGACUAAGAAGGACAUAGGUGCAGUGCACCGGCUGCUGCUGGAGUACCUGAGCCAGUUCCACCUGGCCCCCAUCAUGAGCGAGGAAGAGGUGGAGCACUGGCUGCUGCCGCGCGAGAACAUCAUAGACACCUACGUGGUGGAGAACUCCGAGGGGAAGUUGACUGACUUCCUGAGCUUCUACACGUUGCCCUCCACCAUCAUGAACCACCCGGUGCACCGGAGCCUGAAGGCGGCCUACUCCUUCUACAACGUGCACACCACCACGCCACUGCUCGACCUGAUGGGAGAUGCGCUCAUCCUGGCCAAGGCGAAAGGAUUUGAUGUCUUCAAUGCACUGGAUCUGAUGGAGAACAAGACCUUCCUGGAGAAGCUGAAGUUUGGCAUCGGGGAUGGCAACCUGCAGUACUAUCUUUACAAUUGGAAGUGCCCCAGCAUGGGCGCUGAAAAGGUUGGCUUGGUACUGCAGUGACCUUCUCCUGUUCUGUGGCCCCACACGACCCCCUUUCAUACCCCUCCUCCUCCUCCUCCUCCCUCCUCCACUGAGCGUCUCGGCAAGGCUUGGCUGUGACGCCCACAGCGAACACCAGGGCGGCGCUACAGAGGAUGUCCUGCUUAGGAAAUGAGCAGCCACCACCGGCCCACUCUUACCUUUUUUUUUUUUUUUGAACUUUGACCCCAGAAUCUGCACUACUGCCGCCUGGCAGACAGUUAAAAGCUGGAGAAGGCAGAGGUGUCUCUUCUCUCUCUCUCUCUCUCUCUCUCUCUCUCUCUCUCUCUCUCUCUCUCUCUCUCUUCCUCUCUCUCGCUCUCUCUCUCCCAAACUCUGCUUCUCCUCUCCUUUUUCACUCUUUGCUCAGUCUUUUCUCUUUCCCUCUUUCCUUCUUGAAUGCAUGGACCUGAAGCCAUUGUAAUUACCAUCAUUGGACUACUCUUAACAUCUUAAGUCUGUAACGAUUGUAACACUUCAGUGCACGCACACAAACACACUCACACUGUAACACGUACUCUCCAAGUCACCAUCAACCCAAGUCUCCAUACACUUGGAUCUUUGAAGUCAUGUUAAUUCUGACCUUGGUGUUAGGCUACUCUUAAUCUCUAACAUGCAUACACAAACACACUCACACUCAAACAUUUUUAAAAAAGAAAUCUUCCUCUCUAAAUAAUGGAAGAUGCUUUUUUGUUUUGCAAAAAAAAAGGAUAAAAAGAAGAAAAACAACGAGCGAGAACUUGUCUUUUUUUUCCAAGAGAGGAAAACUCAAUCAGAAGAAAGAACGAAAAACAUGAGAAUGAACAUCAGAAAUGAAAUCAAAAGAAAACGAGAAAAACAACAAAGGGGACAUUGACAAGGGCUUGCUCUCAAUGACUGCAUCACCUUCACCUUUGUCUCAGACGCCAGGCCUAUAAUCCCCCUCCUACCCCUCCCCCCCUCCCAUGCCUGAAGCUCAGUGUUGCCAUGGAGAUAGUGUUGUUUAAUUUUUUAUUAUUAUUAUAUAUUACUACUUUUUUGCAGAUGAUAUGUGUCCAAAAUAACUAAAAGGGUUGUGACCGACAAGGACGUUAGCGAACCUACUGUUUGGUUUGUGUGACAUCUCCCACCCCAGCCCUCCUCUCCACAGCUCUAGCUACUGUAUGCCAUUAGACGAGCCCUGUGAAUAAUAAAUACAAACAUCUUAAAUAAAUGAAACCGUGUACGGAAAUACGACCAAUAACCAGAGGCACUUAAGCAUUAUGGGAAAUGUGGGAAUCGUCAUGGCCGCGUGUCUGUCGGGGUAUGUGUGGUAUUGGUGGGUUGAUGAUGAAGUCACAAAUGAGUUUCUUGUCAGGGAUUGGGUGAAUGCAAUGAUUGGCCUGGGGGGGAGGGAUUUGAAUCUGCCAUUUUUUUUUAUUUUUUAAGAAAAGUCUAGAAAUGGGGAAGGGAUGGGGGGCAGGGCAUUGGAUAGAAUGGUUGGUUAAAAACGGGUCUUGUUGUGUUAAUACAGAUGAUGGAGAGACUAAUGUGAAGAUGCAGGUGAUUCUUUUUUUGUGCUAAAUAAAGUUUAGAAGUUG